AUGGCUGAACAUGCCCCAGCUACCUUUUCCAACCUUACCUUUUUUAUGCCAUGUAAUGUCAGGCCUGUCUUAUUAUUCAAGCGAAGAAAUGUUGCUACAGCACAAGAAGAAACAGAAGAAGAAGUUAUGUCAGAUGGAGGCUUUCAUGAGGCCCAGAUUAAUAAUAUGGAGAUGGCACCAGGUGGUGUCAUUACUUCUGACAUGAUCGAAAUGAUAUUUUCCAAUAGUCCAGAGCAACAGCUUUCAGCAACACAGAAAUUCAGAAAACUCCUUUCAAAAGAACCUAAUCCUCCUAUUGAUGAAGUUAUCAGCACACCAGGAGUAGUGGCCAGGUUUGUGGAGUUCCUCAAAAGAAAAGAGAAUUGUACACUGCAGUUUGAAUCAGCUUGGGUACUGACAAAUAUUGCUUCAGGAAAUUCUCUUCAAACCCGGAUUGUGAUCCAGGCAGGAGCUGUGCCCAUCUUCAUAGAGUUACUCAGCUCAGAGUUUGAAGAUGUCCAGGAACAGGCAGUCUGGGCUCUUGGCAACAUUGCUGGAGACAGUACCAUGUGCAGGGACUAUGUCUUAGACUGCAAUAUCCUUCCCCCUCUUUUGCAGUUAUUUUCAAAGCAAAACCGCCUAACCAUGACCCGGAAUGCAGUAUGGGCUUUGUCUAAUCUCUGUAGAGGGAAAAGUCCACCUCCAGAAUUUGCAAAGGUUUCCCCCUGUCUGAAUGUGCUUUCCUGGUUGCUGUUUGUCAGUGACACUGAUGUAUUGGCAGAUGCCUGCUGGGCCCUCUCAUAUCUAUCAGAUGGACCCAAUGAUAAAAUUCAAGCAGUCAUUGAUGCAGGAGUAUGUAGGAGACUUGUGGAACUACUGAUGCAUAAUGAUUAUAAAGUGGUUUCUCCUGCUUUGCGGGCUGUGGGAAACAUUGUCACAGGUGAUGAUAUUCAGACACAGGUAAUUUUGAAUUGCUCAGCUCUGCAGAGUUUAUUGCAUUUGCUGAGUAGCCCAAAGGAAUCUAUCAAAAAGGAAGCAUGCUGGACAAUAUCUAAUAUCACAGCUGGCAAUAGGGCACAGAUCCAGACUGUGAUAGAUGCCAACAUUUUUCCAGCCCUCAUUAGUAUAUUACAAACUGCUGAGUUUCGGACAAGGAAAGAAGCAGCUUGGGCCAUCACAAAUGCAACUUCUGGAGGAUCAGCUGAACAGAUCAAGUACUUAGUAGAACUGGGUUGUAUCAAGCCGCUCUGUGAUCUCCUCACAGUCAUGGACUCCAAGAUUGUACAGGUUGCCCUAAAUGGCUUGGAAAAUAUCCUGAGGCUUGGAGAACAAGAAGCUAAAAGGAACGGCAGUGGCAUUAACCCUUACUGUGCUUUGAUUGAAGAAGCUUACGGUCUGGAUAAAAUUGAAUUCUUACAAAGUCAUGAAAACCAGGAGAUCUACCAGAAGGCCUUUGAUCUUAUUGAACAUUACUUUGGGACCGAAGAUGAGGACAGCAGCAUUGCACCUCAGGUUGACCUUAGCCAGCAGCAGUACAUCUUCCAGCAGUGUGAGGCUCCUAUGGAAGGUUUCCAGCUUUGAAGCAAUACUCUGCUUUCAUGUUCCUGUGUCAGACCAGGCUACCCAGUCGAGUCCUCUUGUGGAGCCCACAGCCUUCAUGGAGCUAACUUCUCAAAUGUUUUCCAUAAUACUGUUUGCGCUCAUUUGCUUGCCUUGCGCACCUGCUCUCUUACACACAUCUGGAAAACCUCUGGCUCUCUGUGGUGGAAUACCCUUCUAAUAAAAGGGUAACCAGAACGCCCCACUCUCAUGGAAAAAUCCCUAGGCUUUGGAGACGCGCACUUACAUUAGAGUCAUGGGAAUAUAUGCAUAUUAAUGUGGCUCCCUUUUUUGUGGGGGGAAAAAGAGAGGACUCCUCAUUCCCUUUAAAGUGGGAAAAAAUAUUGACAUUAAAGAUGAGACUAAAAAACCUUUAUCUUGAAUUUCACACAACUACACUUGCAACAAGAGAGAUGUUUAGUCCUAUUGUGUAUACUUCAGAGUACUUUUCAUAAGUUCUUCCACAGUGAACCCUUGGAUUACCUGGUGGCUCUUUCUAGCCAAGUUUGCAUUAAUUCUUACUGAGAUUGGAUGGUUUUCUUUCCUCUAUUGGCGCCAUUCUUCAGAUAUUUAAGUCAAACCAUCUCCCUCACCUUCAGCCUUCAGUGAAUGGGCUUUCUAGUUGUCAAGAGUGCUGAAGAAUUAACACUUUGAUUAUUAAAUGUGAUACUGGUUUGCAGAUUCCCUUAGAGCAGAAAGGAGAGGAGCACAUAUUAAUUUGUAUGGCUUUGGCUUCUCUUUGGUCUUAUGUGUGUUAGGAUUUGGAAGUGGUUCAGUUCUAAUGCUGAUAUGAAGAUUUAGAAUCCUUAAUAAUCAAAAACAUAUCCCAUAACUCAAUAAAGUAAGUCAAACAAACAAAAAACUGUUUGAUUUCCCCAAACUCAACCAGUGUGACUAGAGGCUGUGUUUCUGCAUUAAAACAAAUGUUUUUCAGACUUUAUGGUCCUGAUCAAGGGCCUCAUUAAAUUGGAGUUCACUCUGGGUGCUUUUCCCCUCUGUGACUGGCAGAUAACGUAAACAUUUAAAGGUAACUUAGGGAUUUUUUUUUCCUUAGGUGCAGCUUGAUUGUAAGGUACUCAUGCUGCAUAUAUGAUCCCUUUAAUGUAGCAUCAUUAUCUUUAAAAAAUAACUACCUUCUCAACAUGACCUGCUUAACCCCAAUAAGGGCAGUGAUCUUUUUUCCUUAUAACUUCUUGUUCCCUAAUCAUUUCAUCUCCUACAAGUACUAUCCCCCCACCCCCCAAAUAAAAAGUGUUCACCUUCUGGCUCAUUUAAUGAUGACUGCAAUCUAUACCUACAAAUGGCGCUUCCAGUACUGUGUUCAGUGAUACAUAUCUAUGCUUGGACUGGAACGAAAAAAUAAGCUUAAUUGCCAAGAAAACUGCAAAUGAGUUGAAUACGACUUCUCGGUGCUAGUUGGCUAUCUUGACUCGAUGUUGGGAUAUACUGUCAGAGAAGAUUUUUUUGUUGAUGUGCCGUUCAAAAUGAAUUCUGAAGGAAAAGUUGCUCACUUCUGUUUCAGAGCAUAACCUUUUAAACCUCUUUAGACUUGUCUUCCUCUAGAAUUCAUUAUAACCCCAAAGUGUAAAAACUAUUUAGAAGUUGCCCCUGAUAAGCUAUUAUACAUCUCUGGUAAAUCCUGCUGAAUAUAAGGGAUAUUCAGAGCUUUCAUACCUCAUCGUGAUGUUAUUUAAGCAGCCAACUUAUGUGACCUGAUUUAAACUUUUAAAAUAUCCACUUCAAACUAGAAUGAUUCAAAAGACAAAGGACAUUUAUCAGCCAAGAGAGUGACGCAUUCUUCGCACCUAAUCUGUAGUUGUGUCUGUGCUCUGGAUGGAUACGUCUGAUGUCUGUCUGUUAUGAUGGAGCAGCCACUGCAAAACCAGUCAACUCCCAUCUAUAACUGUUACUUUUUCUAGUGCUGCUUUGUGCUGAGAGAACAUUUUAGUUUACUGCACUUGACCUGUAAAAGACUUUGAUUCUUUGUAAUUUUAGGGAUAAAUUAGGUGGUUAAUUUAAAGAACUUUCAAUGUUGCCUUUACAUCACAUUAAAAUAUAACUUCUUUCAGAAGAGUAAUGGAAGCACUGAUUCAUAGUAAAAAUCUUGUUUUUAGCUUUGACUUUUUUUGUGGCUGAGUUUUUUAAAAUUGUAAAUUUUAAAACGUCAUUCUAUAGGAUGUUUUAAAUUAUGUACCUUCUAUUGGAUAGUUAAAAAUUUUUCAUUUUAUAAACCAAUUUGAAUGGAAAAAAUACAAAGCACACAAAGUUGUUUCCCCAUGUUAGUAAGAGUAGUAUACAUUGGGAAUUUUUGCUCGCAAUUGCAGUUGUCUCAAUGAAUGAAUUAAAACAAAGUCCAUUUAACUGAUGUGAUCUAUUUUCUGUCUAAAACAGAGGAAUUUAUCUUGCUUCUGUUCUAGAGGAAGUUCAUGAACCAUAGAUCUGAACUGUUUUUUUUUUUAACAGUAAUUUUUUUUUUUAAGUAUAAAAGUUGGAAUUGGCUAAAAGUUAAAUCCCAGCAUAACUCACAUGUGCUGGAACUUGGUAGUGAUAUAGCAACUUUUUGGUAAUAGAAAUGGCAUUUACAGGGGUAAUCGCAAAUCCUGUUUUUGGUUCUCUGCCUGAAAGAUUCUGUUAAUUUAGUUUCAAUUUAUUGAAUACCCUAUUGCUAAGGUGUUACUCAUUACAAAAGCAUGUUAAUAACACAGGGAAACUCUUGCAGUUUUGUAUAAUGAUCAAGGGGGAAGUGGCUUCAUUUUUCCUCUUUUUUCCUUCAAACUUUCAAAGUAUAUUCUCUGUAAUGAGAACUUUGGUGGGGGAAAAGAGCAUUGAGAGAAUUUGGGGUGUGCAAGCAUCUGGUAUCUUAAGGAACAGCAGAUAGAUAUGGUUGGAUUGAGACAUAACCAGGGAAGGUAAAGAUGAUGGAUAUGAAGAAAAGAGAUUUCAGUUCUCCUGGGAUACUUUCUUUCAUGUUCUUGUCACUAAUUAAUCAAGACCCCUCUCAGCUCUUACCCUUGUCAGUUGUACUGGGUUUGAAAACUAUUGCCCUAGGAUUGUUUUUCAUGUGCCAGAUAAAGCUGAUUGGGCUCUGGGUCAUUUUCAGCAUUACUGUUACAAAGAAAAUCACAGACAAUUGUCCCGUAAUAAAUCUGAAUUAUUCCAAGUUGCUGCUGAUUUUGCCUGAGAAAAAAUACAUUAAGUAUAUUUUAUAAACCAAACUUUGUCAACUAAAUCCUCUAUUGUACAUGGCUACCCACAGGCAACUUUGAAUUUACUUCUUUAGUGCUAAAUAAACAUUUCAGCUGUUAAAUCCCCCAACUUGGGGUUUCAUUAUGAAAAGGUUUUCCGUGGGUCAAGGGAUUUCUUCUCUUUUUUGCUCAUAGUUUGUGAAAAUUUUCAUAUCGACAGGCAAUUGUCAUUAUAGCUGUUUUAGAGGUUGGGGCUUUUUAUGUAUUGUGAUGUCUAAGGAUGAUGUUCAGUAAAGAAAAGGGAUCCACUUUUAGAAAGGGUCAUUGUUUGCUUUAAAAUUAAAUACUAUAUGCUACCUCCUACAUUCCAAAAUUUGCUCAUUUGCAGAGAGAGGUGUGCCUAUAUAUGGAAGUCUCAAAUAUGAAUUUUGGCCAUCCUAUAUCAAUAGGACCAUCUCCUUUUGUUGUGAGUGAGCAGAUUAAAUAUUUUCCCAGCUGGGAAAUAGUUUGGGCUACCUUUUUCUAUCACCAAAGUUAAAGUAUACUCUGAUACCUGAAGAACAAGAAAAAAGUUUAAUUUUUUAAAAAAGUUAAAGUAAUUGAAAGCCAGAUGUAACUAGCACAAUAAGUUGGCUGUAAUAUAAGGAAUCAUCCAUAACAUGCUUUAUUGUCAGAAAAAGACAAGUUAUAAGAACGGGUACCAGGGUAUUAGAAGAAUGUGUGAUAAAGCAAAUAUUUAUAUACUAAUUAAAAAUAUCAAAUUGCUACUGGACAUAUAAUGCAUCUGGAAGCUUGAGAUAAGAAGAAAGAAUUAAGGGUAGAUGAAGUUCCAUUCUGUUUUCAACUAAGGAUAAACAAAAUUCCCAGCAUGUUUUCCUAUAAGUCAAAUAAAGGCAACUUGUCUUUAUUUGAGCCUCUGUUGUGUGCCAGGUACCUGGCUAAGGGCUUUCCUGUUUUCUCACUUAAUCCUUAAGGUGGAAAAUUAUCACUAUAAUGACUUUGCCCCAAGGUCACAACCCUUAGAUACUGGCUGUCCAAGGGAGGGGAAGAGCUCUGCAAGUUCUGUGUCUUGAAGAGAGCAGUGGUCACAUGAUAGUCUUCUGUGCCCAGGAACUCCCAGAGCUAGACUUUCAGGAGCCACAGCUGAACCAGCCCUUUUUGUUAGACCAUUGUUCCUGACUUUUCAUCAUCAGCACCCUGAAAAUGAUUGAAUCAGGUAUAAAUUUCUUUUAGGUUACAUAGUCUGGUGUGUAGGCCCUCUCAGCCCAACCAUCUUUCUCCCUUCUGUGGUGCUAAAAUUCUGUAUAACCAGAGAAGUACAACAACAGAAGUUGAAAAAAAUUAAUAUGCAAAUGAUUGAGUUUAGUAUCAAUGGUUAAGCUCAUAGAAACAUGUUCCCAUUCAAACUCAAAUGUAGAAGGUAUUGACAGAGAAAGAAAGGCUUUGGAAUGAAGAAUUACUUACUGCCUUAGAAAGCAGUGCCAUGGACGUGAAUUUAACAGCCUACUUCCUAAAGAAGUAUUGCUCCAAUGAGUGUAAAAAAUUAAAAUUGCCUUUUAAUGUAUUGGUUGUUGACUAUUUCUGCUUACCUGAAAUCAUUUUGACCACUUUAUGUCCUUUUUCAAAGUGUUCUGACACUUUGAUUUGAAAUGGCUCUAAUGAUUCUUUGUAUUUGAAUGCGGUCUGUCAGGCCACGGGUGAGUGCCUUGCACAUGGUAGACAUUCAAUAAACACAAAAUGAAUGAAGGAA